CAUCAUGCUGGAGAUUGAAGAGGAACGCAGCCAGUGCCUGGCAGAGAUCACUGAGGAUAAUCAGACCUCAGGUUGCAGAAGGCAGUGGGACAACAUCACGUGCUGGCCUGAAGCGCAGGUGGGAGCGGUUGUGGUGAAGCCAUGCCCAAAGUACUUCAGGUUCCUCACCACUUUUCUCGGAAAUGUGAGCAGGAAUUGCACAAGUCAGGGCUGGACAGAUGUGUACCCUGCACCGUAUGCCGUCGCUUGUGGAUACGAUUCCACAGCACACCAGGGGGAGCAAACGGCGUUCUAUGGCACAGUCAAGACCGGCUAUACCAUCGGACAUACCUUAUCACUCAUUGCUCUCACAGCUGCUAUGAUCAUUUUAUGCCUCUUCAGAAAACUACACUGUACUCGAAAUUAUAUUCAUAUGCACCUCUUCAUGUCCUUUAUAAUGAGAGCCAUCGCAGUCUUCAUAAAAGAUGUCAUCCUGUUUGAAAGCGGAGAACCUGAACAUUGCUUUGUGAGCUCAGUAGGCUGCAAAGCCAUGAUGGUUUUCUUCCAGUACUGCGUCAUGGCCAACUUCUUCUGGCUGCUGGUGGAAGGGCUGUAUCUUCACACCCUGUUGGUCAUCUCCUUCUUUUCGGAGAGGAAGUACUUCUGGUGGUACAUCUUAAUUGGCUGGGGUGCCCCCUCCGUGUUCAUCACUGCUUGGACAGUCGUCAGGAUUUACUUUUUCAAUGUUGGAUGCUGGGAGGAAAUAAUAGAAUCCCCAAUCUGGUGGAUCAUUAAAACUCCUAUUUUGGUGUCCAUUUUGGUGAACUUCAUUCUCUUCAUUUGUAUCAUCCGUAUCUUAGUCCAGAAGUUGCAUUCUCCAGAUGUUGGACACAAUGAAACCAGCCAGUAUUCGAGACUGGCCAAGUCCACCUUACUGCUGAUCCCUCUCUUUGGCAUUCACUACAUCAUGUUUGCUUUCUUCCCUGACAAUUUCAAAGCAGAAGUUAAGCUGGUCUUUGAGCUUGUGGUUGGGUCAUUCCAGGGUUUUGUGGUGGCUGUCCUCUACUGUUUUCUCAAUGGGGAGGUCCAAGCUGAGCUCAAGCGAAAGUGGCGGAGGUGGCACCUGGAGCGGUUCCUGGGCUCAGACAUGAAGUACCACCACCCUUCCUUGGGCAGCAACGGCACCAACUUCAGCACCCAGAUCUCCAUGCUGACCAAGUGCUCACCAAAGACACGUCGGUGCUCCAGCUUCCAGGCAGAAUUCUCUCUGGUUUGAUGGAGAUUGGCUCUCUGAGCACUGAGCAUCCAAGAGAGAGAAGGAUCCCCAGGAAUCAGUUACCUAUGGACAAAUCCUUGUGAAAUGACAUGCUCCACUUGAGCCAACAGAGGACAGAAAACUGGAAAAGCCAUUGGCAUCCAGAAUGAGAUCAGACAAGCUAAGAGGCAGAGAAAUACUUUUCCUCUCCCUCUUUUCAGAGCUUUCUCUCUAAGUUGGUGCCCUCGGGGGCUGACAACGUUGAGUAAAGGUCCCAGUCACUUGAGGAGAGCCUGGGAGAAUCUAAUGUGCUAUAAAUACUGAAUUUUGGGGGUAAGGGAGGGAAGAGCCUGAGUUACUGGGGCUUUCCCAGAACCGACAUCUCUGAAACAGAUAAAUUGCACUUUUUGUUAUUGUUGUUUUAAACAAGCCAGUAAAGGACAGAGAGAGGGAGACAAGAAGUGGGGGGAAAAAAUGCCAAACUUAUGAAUGUGCCAAAAGCCCAGUUGCUAAGAAGUGGUGAUGUGAUGCUGGAAGCAGCAAGAAGAAGGGACAGGAAGAACACAGGCAGGAAGGGCAGAGGCCAACCUGCACUGUGCAAAGAAGCUGCAGCACCAGGCAAGGCCCCGGAAGGAUGCCCCAAUGUUGGAGUGUGUUCUGCUAAUUGCUCACCAUCCUCGUUAGCCGAAGCUUUCCAUGUGCCAUUGGGUGCCCUCUGGAAGAGCAGCUUGCAGAGAAGGACCAGCACAAAAUGGCCUUCUUUGUGCUGCGUUCAGGACAUCAACAUGCUUUGUUUGGUUGUUUUCACUGAACGGUUUGCACGUAUAAAAACCAGGUACAGAUGCCCA